AAUACAGUCAUAGUGGGCACGUCAUUAUUACCCGUCCGAUGAGAUGGGUUAAACUAGGCCGUCGUGUUAUAAUGUCAAGGGCGUUGUCUUCCCGCUUAAACUUGGAGCUCGGCAAUAAGCUGAAGGGUUUGGUGUCGGACCAAUUCUACGAUGAAGCAUUGAGACUGUACAAGCUAAAGAUUCAUUCUUUAGGGACCAAUGGCUUCACAGCUAUUCUUCCUUCUGUCAUCAAAGCUUGCGCUUUUCAACAAGAGCCUUUCUUACUUGGCGCACAGCUUCAUUGCCUUUGUCUCAAAGCAGGUGCAGAUUGUGAUACAGUUGUUUCCAAUUCUCUCAUCUCUAUGUAUGCGAAAUUCUCGAGAAAAUAUGCUGUACGUAAGGUAUUCGAUGAAAUGCUUCACAGAGAUACAGUUAGCUAUUGUUCCAUCAUCAAUAGUUGUUGCCAGGAUGGGUUGUUGUAUGAAGCGAUGAAGUUGAUUAAGGAGAUGUAUUUUUAUGGUUUUAUUCCCAAGUCCGAGCUGGUUGCAUCUCUAUUGGCUCUCUGCACUCGCAUGGGAAGCAGCAGUAAGGUAGCAAGAAUGUUUCAUGCUCUUGUUCUUGUUGAUGAGAGGAUGCAGGAAUCAGUUCUAUUAUCAACGGCUUUGGUUGAUAUGUACUUAAAGUUUGAUGAUCAUGCGGCGGCUUUCCAUGUGUUUGAUCAGAUGGAGGUGAAGAAUGAGGUCUCAUGGACUGCCAUGAUCUCCGGUUGUGUUGCAAAUCAGAAUUAUGAAAUGGGCGUUGAUUUGUUUCGAGCAAUGCAGAGAGAAAACUUGAGGCCCAAUCGUGUCACACUGUUGUCUGUUUUACCUGCAUGUGUAGAAUUGAAUUAUGGCUCAAGUCUGGUGAAGGAGAUUCAUGGAUUUUCUUUUCGUCAUGGAUGCCAUGCUGACGAGCGGUUAACAGCUGCUUUUAUGACCAUGUACUGCAGAUGUGGUAAUGUAAGUCUCUCUAGGGUUCUUUUCGAAACAUCAAAAGUGAGAGAUGUUGUAAUGUGGAGUUCAAUGAUUAGCGGCUAUGCGGAGACUGGAGAUUGCUCUGAAGUUAUGAAUCUGUUAAAUCAAAUGAGAAAAGAAGGAAUUGAAGCCAACUCGGUUACUCUAUUGGCAAUUGUCUCAGCUUGUACCAAUUCGACAUUGUUGAGUUUUGCAUCUACAGUCCAUUCUCAAAUCCUGAAAUGUGGCUUCAUGUCACAUAUCUUAUUGGGAAACGCCCUCAUAGAUAUGUAUGCAAAGUGUGGCAGUCUUUCUGCAGCGCGUGAAGUAUUUUAUGAACUUACUGAGAAAGAUCUUGUGUCAUGGAGCUCAAUGAUUAACGCAUACGGUCUUCAUGGACAUGGUUCAGAAGCUUUAGAAAUCUUUAAAGGGAUGAUAAAAGGUGGACAUGAAGUAGAUGAUAUGGCGUUUCUUGCAAUUUUAUCGGCUUGCAACCAUGCUGGCCUGGUAGAAGAAGCUCAAACCAUAUUCACACAAGCUGGGAAAUACCACAUGCCAGUCACAUUGGAGCAUUAUGCUUGCUAUAUCAAUCUUCUUGGCAGGUUUGGGAAGAUUGACGAUGCCUUUGAGGUCACAAUAAAUAUGCCAAUGAAACCAAGUGCCAGAAUAUGGAGUUCUCUGCUAUCUGCUUGCGAGACUCAUGGCAGGCUUGAUGUUGCAGGAAAAAUUAUUGCAAACGAGCUAAUGAAAUCUGAACCCGAUAAUCCAGCCAAUUAUGUAUUGCUUAGCAAGAUUCACACAGAAUCUGGUAACUACCAUGCUGCAGAAGAAGUAAGGAGGGUUAUGCAAAGACGGAAACUGAACAAAUGCUACGGAUUCAGUAAAAUUGAACCUGAAUUACAGAUUGAAGAUUACCAAGGAAAAUCGUGGAGUCCUAUAUGAAGAUUCUAUCUAAGCACUGUUCUCUUUCUGCAUUUCAAAAGCAGCAUCACUGAUGCAGAAUGUUCCAACAACUCAAGGAUGCCAGUGUGAUCAUUUCACGAGUAUAUGAUGUGCUCUGCUUUGCUACGGAUCCAUUUCUCAAACUGAUCUGAGCCUUUUCUAAGUGAUGUUUUGUUGAUGUGCUACUACGCUAAAUAUGGAUCUGAAAGAGAUACCAUAAGUGAAGCCUGCAAUUUCUGAAGCCUGAAGGAGGAUAUUAGCAUAAACUACCAUGCAGUAUCUUUCUUACUGAUAUAUUCACUAUCAAUAUAAGUGAUUAUGGGAUUUGAGCAACUUAUUAGAGAGAAAACCAAAAUCACUGCAAAACUGGAAUCCAAACAGCUCACAGAGGCUUGGUGUUGAGGCUUUGCCAACGGAACUGAUAUACUGGAUGUUCAAGAACCGACACCCAGAAGUAGCAAUUUGGUUGAUCAAAGCAUGAUGGAGGAAGAAGAGAAAGCUGAAGAAGAUGUUGAUGUGAAUAUGGAAGAAGCAGAGAAUGAUGUCAUUGUGUUGGAUUGAUUGAGGAAACUCAAAACACCAAGAACAGAAACCAAAAUAUAGGUGAUAGUUUUGAUGUAGUAGAUAUCAUAGAAUUUCAUUUCAAACAUGGGAUAGAUAGAAGUAUAUGUAUUUGAGACCAUAAGAAGACAACCCUUGUAGCCUAGCACAAGUAUAUGCUGGCAUAAUGUUGUAUUAUAUCCACAAGUUGAUUAUAA